AUGACAUCCGUGGCCCGCCGCCUGUUCUCUACAACUCCCUCCUACCGCCAAGCCUCCGCAGCGGAAGCAUGUAGUGAACUCCUCACACGAUUCCAAAGAGGGCCCGUCUCGAUCCGUAAACAAGUUCUUGAUGCAAAUCAACUUCAGUUGCUCUCCAUAACACUCAACCGUACACCCUCCUCUUUCAACCCGCCACCAACCGGUACGCCGAUUCCACCCGGCUACCACCUAGUCUACUUCACUCCCUCAAUCGUUGAGGCCGAAUUGGGACUUGAUGGCACAGAUCGCACUGUAAACCCAUUGAGUCCAUUUAGUAGACGAAUGUGGGCUGGAGGCGAGUUGACGUGGGCGCAAGACAGGAACGCAUUGCUGAGAGUGGGUCAAGAGGUCAAAGAGACGACGAAACUGCUGAGUGCUGAGCCCAAAACCUUGAAGAAUGGAGGAGAAAUGCUUCUCGUGGGUGUCGAGAAGACAUUCUCAAACGAUCACGGUAUCGCGUUGACGGACCGCCGAAAUUGGGUGUUUCAACGUGAGCUUUUACCUGAGAAUCCAAUGAAGGCACCGCCAAAGCCAGAAGAGAAAGUACUGCCGACUGGGAGGCAUCAAAGAGACUUCUGCCAAACGCCUACUUCGUUAUUUCGCUUCUCAGCGCUGACAUUCAAUGCGCACAAGAUACACUAUCUGCCUGAGUGGUGUCGAGAGGUUGAGGGCCACAGGAAUGCUGUUGUACAUGGGCCGCUCAAUCUCAUCAACAUGCUGGACUUUUGGCGGGAUACGAGUAAGAAUAGAGAUACAGAGGCAGUGCCCAAGUCGAUAGCAUAUCGUGCUAUGAGCCCGCUAUACGUCGAUGAGCCGUAUCGAAUAUUACUGGAGCAAGAUCCAACCGGGGGAUGGAGAGCAGAGGUAUGGGAUAGCUUUGGAAAGCAGAGUAUGAAGAGCACUAUCGUGGAAUAG